GGAAAUAGCGAAAUAAAGACAGCCACUGGGGUCCCCCACCACCCGUGGUAUAGACAUACAUGUUACCCGCUUCGUGGGAAAGUAAAGGUCAUAUCAGUCAUGACUGGAUAUAUGUACCUGGUUAAUAUACAUGUCUUUAUGCAUGGUCAUGGUAUGGUGGUGGUGAAGGGACGGCCGCUACAGUCAUGGGAACUCCUGUCAAGUUCAGAUAUCCGGAUUUAUAUCUCAUUCAAAUUAACACGAAUAUUUCAUAACAGAGGCAGGUUUCCAGAUAAACAGGGUUUCACGCUAUUUUGUGUUCGUCCUUCCAGGCCAACCUGCCUUCUUUAUCAAAACCGGGAGUUCCGAAGGGAAAACCUCUACACAUGUUAUUACUAGGAAGAACUGGAAGAGGGAAGAGUGCCACUGGCAAUACGAUACUGGGACAAGAGUCGUUUGAAUAUUGUGGGGGAGCCAAAUCAGUUACACACAAAUGCAAACUGGCAUAUCAAAGAGUCGAUGACCGAGACCUCUAUGUCGUUGACACACCAGGAACGAUGGACACGUGCAACCCAGAAAAAGCGUUACGGGAGCUCGGUAACGCAGUCGUGUGUCUACCGGAAGGGUAUGAUGCAUUUGUUAUUGUGCUGAAACAGGGAGAUCGGAUGACAGAGGAGGAGAAAGAUGCCCUGCAAAAAUUGGAAAUUAUUUUCGGACCAAAGAUGAUGCAGUAUGCUCUAGUCGUUUUCACUCACGGGGACAAUUUUUAUGCUGAAAUAACGAAGAAAAAACAAAACAUCACUUUCGAUCAGUUCAUUGAAACGACGGGAGAUGAAUAUUUGAAAGGAUUUCUAUCACGUUGUGGAGGAAAGUACAUACUCGUCAAUAACAUGUGUAGCACCGAUACUGAAACGAAAAAGGAAACGGUGCGAAUAAUCAAACAUAUCGACAAAAUGAUCCUCAAAAACGGGUCCAUACGGUAUACAAAUGCCUUCUUUGAUAUGGCAAAGAAUUUGACUGGAAGUGAAAGUUCGAGAGUGGACGAAGUAGUAAAGGAAAUAAAGAAAACGGGUGAAUGUUUUCCAGGCAGAUCCAUUGUGAUAACUGCUGACGCUGGAAGAAUAUGCAUCAAGGACCUAACCGUGGGUCAAAAUGUGCUUACUUUCGGGCUUAAAGGACAGCGAAUCUGGACCGAGGUUUAUCUCUUUGGCCAUAAGUUAGAAUGCUACUGCUCGACGUUUGUCUGCCUGAAGACCAAGUCUCAUGUACUGAAGCUAUCUCCGAAGCACCACGUAUAUGUUGUGACAUCAGGCGGCCUGCAGACCAUGUAUGCCCAGGAUGUGAGGGUGAACCAUUGGCUGCCUGUUCUGGACAAAGGUGGUCAGUACCAGACCAAUGAACAGGUGACCGAUAUCUGGCUGUCCGAGGAGGAAGGUAUCUACGCCCCCUUCACUAUGACUGGCACCAUAGUCGUUGACGGUGUCCUUACGUCAUGCUACGUCGGUGUCCCCCAUGAUGCCGCCCACUCACUGCUGUGGCCCGUGCGACAGUUGUACAAGACGUCGCCGACAGCACUCGCCGUCAUCAGCAAGACUCGUGAGGACGGUAUGCCGUGGUGGAUCAAAUGGUGUCUGGAUCACAGAAUAAUGGACUUGACAAGUUAGCUGUGAGCUGUGUCAUUGGAUGUAUGCUGUAGAUGUCAGUGUACAAUUACUUUGUUAGAGUAUAUGUAUUGUUAGAAGAGUUGUUCCAAAUGUUAUAGAAAUAGAAAUGAUACAUACUGUUUAUGUCAAUAGAUGGCGUGUUAAAUUUACAUUUGCAUUGUAAUAGUGAGUGAGGUAAAAUUUAGCAUCACACUGCGCGUGAUGUGGAUUCAAUGAUGUUGAAGUACAUAUCACCAUUAGCCCCCUGGAUGCCACAGGGACAUAUAUGCCCUCCUCUACAACCCUCACUUUGAAGUCGAAUAAAAUUCAAAAUACAUCAUCCACACAAAUACACUUCACAGUUUUAAAUAAGAUGGGAAAUUCUCUGUUCUGUGCUACCAUACACUGGCAUUUUAGGCCAAGCAAAAGUACUGAAAAUGACCCCUGAAAAUUAGGUACAUCGUAAAUGUCGCCAUUUUUUACACAUUACUAAAUCACCACUCACGGCGUUAUU